AUUUGAGCGGGGCCUAUAGACCGGAUAGGAGUGGGACUCGACUGACUGUGAUACUGGUAGAAUUGCAUAACCCCGCUAAAACCCUAGACAGGUCCCUCUCUUCCUCUUCCUCUCCCUCUCUCUCUCUCUCCACAAACAACGCUCACAAUCAAUUUCACUACCCAAUAGCCAUUGAAAUUGAGGACCGAUUACAGAAGCCAUGGACGAGCCGGCGAAAGGAACGGUAACCUCGCUGUCAUCUCUCUUCCCGGCGGAGGAAGUCCAUGAAGCCUCGAAGCGCGUGCAGGACACCAUCUCCGAGCACCGAAAAGAUCUCGAUAAGCUUCGCGACUUCACCGCCGAUAACGCCAGUCUCAUCAGUCUCGUCCAGAAACUCCCCGAUCAACUCCACCACGACAUCAUGGUUCCAUUUGGGAAAGCUGCCUUCUUCCCUGGUCGUUUGAUUCACACAAAUGAAUUCCUGGUGCUCUUGGGAGACGGUUAUUAUGCUGAACGAACAUCUAAACAAACCAUUGACCUUUUAAAAAGAAGAGGGAAGGCUUUGGAAUCCCAAGUUAACUCCAUUACGGCUGUGAUGCAGGAUCUUAUGGCCCAGGCUUCGUAUUUUGAUGCCACAGCUGCUGAAGUGGCAGAGGGUCUUGUGGAUAUAACGGAAGAAUAUAUUGAGGAAACUUCGGUUGAGAAGGUGUCAAAAGCAGAUCCUAAUGUUUCUGAGGCAGACAGUAUGAACGCUCUUACUGAAGAAGAGGAAUUUGCUAAAUUAAUGUCCAAGAUUGAUGAACUUGAGAAAGAAGAACUUGCAGAAGAAAGUGAUGAAGAUGAAAAUGAUGAAGAAUACGGUCAUAUGAUGUCGAAGCUCGAUGAACUUGAGAAAAAGGAACUUGCAACUGAAAGCGUCAGUGAGAGUGAUGAAGGCUACAGUAGUCAGCAUUCUUUUGAUCAAAGACAUGGGCAUCAGUUAACUAAUCCACCAAAGCAGUCGAAGGAUGAGCGUCCUACUGUUAAAGAGCUUCCAAGUAAACAACACACUUUUCAACAAGAAUUGCACAAGCAGUUUGAAGGUUCAAAGUUGUUGCAAUCAGUUUGUCAAGGUAAAUCUCCAAGUGACCAAAUUUCUGCACAUACUAAAUCCAGUUCGGCUGAGAAGGCUUUGGUACUUCCUGAAGUGGAGGAGAAUAUUCAAGCAGAACCUUAUUCGCAAAAUAAGGCCUUUACAGGCUCAAUUGUGGAGCACACUCACAACUUAGAAACAAAUCCAAGGGAACAGACGACUACUUCGUCCAAGUCUUCUACGUCCCAACCGUCAAAACCAGUAUCUAGAUUCAAGAUGCAGAGAAGGUAGCCAUGGUAGCUGUGCGAAUACGCAGAAUAUGUCAGAGAUCCAACUUAUCACUUUGGUAUAGGCAGUUUCUGUGAAACCCCAAGCAGGAAAAGAGGAAAGGUGCAAGAUGGUGAUUAAUGAUGUAAACAUGAUAAUUUGGGUUCGAUCAUGUCCUGUUUGUUUAGGGGUGGUGCUUUGAGUCUUUUGACCGUGGAGUUGUGGAGGGAUUUUUGAAUUGAAAGAAUGAUGGAAAGGAUGAGGAAAAAUAAAGUGAAGUUAAAUAUUCUUUCCUUGCCUCGUCAUUUUAGUUUCCUAGGGAAAUCCGUCCAUGAUUCCACGAUCCAAACACAGCUUUAAAUCAGGGGGAUUCAGAUCUGACAUGGGGUUUUUUCUUUUCUUUUUUAUUUUUGGCGAGGGUGCAGGAGGUGGUGUAACUUAAUGUUUUCUCAACAACGAUGAACAAAGUAGAUGAUAUGGAACAUGAUAUGUUGGUGAAAAGUGAAUCAAAUUUCCCUUGAACAA